CCCCCCGGCGCCCGCGCCGAGCAUGAGCGUUGAGGAUGGCUUGCGCCCGCGGCUUCACGUGCCCCCCGCUGCCGCCCGGUAGGAUGUCCUGGCCCCACGGGGCACUGCUCUUCCUCUGGCUCGUCUCCCCGCCACUGGGGGCCGGUGGGGGCGGCGUAGCCGUGACGUCGGCCGCCGGAGGGGGUUCCCCGCCCGCCACCUCCUGCCCCGCGGCCUGUUCGUGCAGCAACCAGGCCAGCAGGGUGAUCUGCACGCGGAGAGAGCUGGCCGAGGUCCCGGCCAGCAUCCCGGUCAACACGCGCUACCUGAACCUGCAGGAGAACGGUAUUCAGGUGAUCCGGACAGACACGUUCAAACACCUGCGGCACCUAGAGAUCCUGCAGCUGAGUAAGAACCUGGUGCGGAAGAUCGAGGUGGGGGCCUUCAACGGGCUGCCCAGCCUCAACACGCUGGAGCUGUUCGACAACCGGCUGACCACGGUGCCCACGCAGGCCUUCGAGUACCUGUCCAAGCUUCGGGAGCUCUGGCUGCGUAACAACCCCAUCGAGAGCAUCCCCUCGUACGCCUUCAACCGCGUGCCGUCGCUGCGGCGUCUGGACCUGGGAGAGCUCAAGCGGCUGGAGUACAUUUCGGAGGCGGCCUUCGAGGGCCUGGUUAACCUGCGCUACCUCAACCUGGGCAUGUGCAACCUCAAGGACAUCCCCAACCUGACAGCCCUGGUGCGUCUGGAGGAGCUGGAGCUGUCGGGCAACCGGCUGGACCUGAUUCGCCCGGGCUCCUUCCAGGGCCUCACCAGCCUGCGCAAGCUGUGGCUCAUGCACGCCCAAGUGGCCACCAUCGAACGCAAUGCCUUCGACGACCUCAAGUCGCUGGAGGAGCUCAACCUGUCGCACAACAACCUGAUGUCGCUGCCCCACGACCUCUUCACGCCCCUGCACCGCCUCGAGCGCGUGCACCUCAACCACAACCCCUGGCACUGCAACUGUGACGUGCUCUGGUUAAGCUGGUGGCUGAAGGAGACGGUGCCGAGCAACACAACGUGCUGCGCGCGCUGCCACGCGCCCGCCGGCCUCAAGGGGCGCUACAUCGGCGAGCUGGACCAAUCGCACUUCACGUGCUACGCCCCCGUCAUCGUGGAGCCGCCCACGGACCUGAACGUGACCGAGGGCAUGGCGGCCGAGCUCAAGUGCCGCACCGGCACCUCCAUGACGUCCGUCAACUGGCUGACGCCCAACGGCACGCUCAUGACGCACGGCUCGUACCGCGUGCGCAUCUCGGUGCUGCAUGACGGCACGCUCAACUUCACCAACGUCACCGUGCAGGACACGGGCCAGUACACGUGCAUGGUGACGAACUCGGCCGGCAACACCACUGCCUCGGCCACGCUCAACGUCUCGGCCGGGGGCGCCGCCGCCUCGUCCACCACGGCGCCCGCGCCGCGCUCCUCGCGGCCCACGGAGAAGGCGUUCACGGUGCCCAUCACGGAUGUGACGGAGAACGCCCUCAAGGACCUGGAUGACGUCAUGAAGACCACCAAGAUCAUCAUUGGCUGCUUCGUGGCCAUCACCUUCAUGGCGGCGGUCAUGCUGGUGGCAUUCUACAAGCUCCGGAAGCAGCACCAACUCCACAAGCACCACGGGCCCACGCGCACCGUGGAGAUCAUCAACGUGGAGGACGAACUGCCCGCCGCCUCGGCCGUGUCCGUGGCCGCCGCCGCCGCCGUGGCGGGCGGGGGCGGCGUGGGCGGGGACAGCCACCUGGCCCUGCCCGCCCUGGAGCGCGACCACCUCAAUCAUCACCACUACGUGGCGGCCGCCUUCAAGGCGCAUUACAGCAGCAACCCCGGGGGCGGGGGCUGCGGGGGCAAGGGGCCGCCGGGCCUCAACUCCAUCCACGAACCCUUGCUGUUCAAGAGCGGCUCCAAGGAGAACGUGCAAGAAACACAGAUCUGA